AUGCAAGCAUUCCGCUGCUGUAUUUUGAGCCAUAAAGGCUCUCGUAUACUGAAAGGGAAACAAAGUGAACUGGAUUUAUCGUCCCUGCAUAAUGUCCACCAUAUUGCUGCUGUCCAGGAAAUACUUCAAGACAGCGAGAAUAAAAUAGCCAAUUUGCGCAGUCAGAUCCAGUCUCUUAUAAAAGAACAACCAUCGUUACCAGCUCCGGAGACGGACAUUAACACUGUUGCUCCUUCGCUGUUGGUGACGGACACACAGGAGCCAGAGCCGGCUGGGACUCCUGUGAAUUCUGCAUUCUGCCAGGCAGGGUGUGAGAGUGCUUUGGAUAUCACACAGGAAGCACAGAAUGUAGAAUUCUAUACGGUGCAAAGACAUAGAAAUCGGCAACUCUACGAUUUUCCAGUCUUUCCUAUGAAAGCAAUUGUCCUACCGGAUGUGGAACUGGACUUAGAAAUGCCUCCUGCUCCAAGUCAGACAGUUUUAGAUAACAUUCAGCACGACAUUUCAGUAUACAUUGAGGUCUCGGAUUUCCUGGCUCAGGAUUACGGAGAACGACACAAAUAUACCAGCGAUAACGAACACAUUAUUACAAACCAAACACCAGACGUUAUACGUGAGCCUGAUAGGAAAGAUUCCCCUCUGGAUAACAGUGUUCGUGAACCUUCUAAAACAUCUAAGGACGUGCGUAUUCAGCCCCGAAUUCCUCUCGCCAUGGAGGACUUCAAGCUCCGCUCUGUGCUGGGUAGAGGGAGCUUUGGAAAGGUUCUACUGGCUAAGUACAAGAACACAAACAAAAUGUACGCCUUGAAAGUCAUGAGAAAAGGAGACAUAGAAUCAUCACCUAAGCUCGAUAGCCUUCUGUGUGAGAAGCGCGUAUUUCAAGCUGUGACCAACAGGCGCUACCCAUUUCUAAUUAACUUGUUCGGGUGUUUCCACACUCAAGACCACAUAAUUUUUGCGAUGGAAUAUGCUGCUGGGGGCGACCUAAGCACACUCCUUAACAACAAAAGGCGUCCCUUUCCAGAAUCCAGAGCUAUAUUUUUUUCUGCCUGUGUCGUCCUGGGACUGGAAUUCUUACACGAACAGAAGAUCGUCCACCGAGACCUGAAAUUAGAGAAUAUUGUUCUAGACGAAAAAGGGUUCGCAAAGAUCACAGACUUUGGUCUUUGCAAAGAAGGAAUCGGAUACGGAGACACAACCGGGUCCCCUCGUGGAACCCCGCAUUACGUAGCUCCUGAAGUGUGCAAAGGCAAGCCGUACACAAGAGCUGUAGACUGGUGGAGCUUCGGGGUGGUUAUUUAUGUAAUGCUAUCUGGAAAGUUUCCCUUUGAAAGCCAUGAUUUGAAAAAGUUAACUGCGAGUAUCAUCAAAGGAAAAUUCAUAUAUCCAGAAUUUCUAUCAAGAAACUCAACUUCAAUAAUAAAACAGCUUCUCACUAAAAAAGUAAAGGCACGACUAGGAGCCAGCAAGAAAGACGCCCAGGACGUUAAGGAGCACCCUUUUUUCGAACAAAUAGACUGGGCUGCAUUAUUAUUAAAGAAUGUGAGGCCACCAUUUUUGCCCGACAUUCGUGGAGCUGAAGACGUCAGGAACUUUAGUUCUGCGUUCACCUCGGAAUAUCCUAUGUUAACUCCUCCAAAAAAGCGAGCUGAAAUACCGUGCUAUGAGGCAGAGGCAUUUUUGGAUUUUAAUUGGAGGGUUGAUUGGAAUUAAUAACAGACACAGACUUUAAUAAAAUAUACAGGAGGAAACAGCUGAGGUGGUGGAACAAAGCAGCCUUAAACACAAACCCCCUCUUAAACUAAGAUCUAUGUUCUAUACCAUUGUAUCCGAAGACCGAAGAGCCACCACCCACCUCUAUGCUAAGGCCCAGGACUAGGAAUGUAAUCAUA